AUCUUCAAUGUGAAACCCUUCCAGCAUUCAUAACACGAUUCAACAUGGUCCAAAAAUUAGAAAAAAUAUCCCACGCUAACCUCAAAUCUUUAUUAAUUCCACUCCGCACAGAUGUAAUCGCAACAAAGUAAUGAGUAAUUGGGUUACUCGGAGGCUGUCGUUUCACAAAGCUGCUGCGCUGGGGAAUAAUGAUGCGUGUAAUUAAAGGCGAGCCUCCCGCUUUGUCUCCCCUUGCUGAUUGAGUUGUGCUCAAACUUAAGACGUCACUUUCUCCUCCUUGCGCAUUAGAAAUGGAGCGCAGACAGCGACGUUUCCUCGGUUUAAAAAAAUAAAAUAAAAACAGGAAAUAAAAUGUAAAAUCUCGAAUUUUAGAGGUUGGAUUCAUUUUGCAGCCCCAAAAAUGGGCUAGACACGCCUGCGGCGACGCGUCAAUAAUUGGCGGGGAAUUGGCGCCCUCUUGUGGAACCGUAAGAGGUCUACAAGCGCAUAUUGAAUGACGCUGUGAAUUGUAUUGAGUCUGAAUUACAUAAAUUAUCUCCCCAAAAAAUGUUUGUUCAAAUCGUCCUUCAAUUCCAGAAUGACACCAAGUUUUGUUUUUGUUGCUGUCGCUCCAAAGGUGAUGGAUGACUCAUCUUUUGCAAGGAUAGAAAUCUAAAACUGCCUGCGUGACAUAUUUAGAUAUUCGUUUAAUUUUUUCUUUUUGGGGAUGGAGCUGGGGGGGGGGCGUGACGCUGACGCGCGUCUCUGCGUCUUGGAUGAGGGCGGGGCGGGUGGGGGGGAAGGAGAUGCACGUAAACGCCACGGUCGUCUUGACUCAGUCGGUGCCACCACAACAAUGGGCACCCUUGCGUUUUUUUUAAUCUCCCUCCAGACCCACAAGGUCGUCCAACGGGUGAGACCGGCGACCAAAAACCACCCCGACGGAGCUUUGUGACUGAACAGCAUCAGGACCGCGGAGGGCGUGUGCGCUUUCAACUUCCACCCCGCUUCUCCCAUCGAGUCAUGUCUGAUCCCGAGCGAUGGGUAAGUUCGACGACAACGAGAGGAUAAUCCUCAACGUCGGGGGCACCAGGCACGAGACGUACAAGAGCACCCUGAAAACGCUGCCGGGGACACGCUUGGCCCUGCUCGCCUCCGACUCGGAUAUCGGCUCGGUACUGGAUCAGCUGCAACAAGUCCCCGGCUUCAUCGAGUACAACGCGCGGACCAACGAGUACUUCUUCGACCGUCACCCGGGCGUCUUCGCUUACGUGCUCAACUACUACCGCACCGGUAAGCUCCACUGCCCGGCGGAUGUUUGUGGACCGCUUUUCGAGGAGGAGCUCUCGUUUUGGGGGAUCGACGAGACGGACGUGGAGCCGUGCUGCUGGAUGACGUACCGGCAGCACCGCGACGCCGAGGAGGCGCUGGACGUUUUCGAGCUCAACGUGGACACCGGCGAGCAGGAGGACGACGACGUGGCCAAGAGGCUCGGCAUCGAGGACGUGGCCCCCGACGGGAGCGGCAGCCUGUGGAGAAAGUGGCAACCGGUCGUCUGGAAUCUAUUCGAGGAUCCUUAUUCGUCCAGGGCGGCCAGGUUUAUUGCCUUCGCGUCUUUGUUCUUCAUCCUGGUUUCCAUCACGACCUUUUGCUUGGAGACCCACGAGGCGUUCCACACCAUCGUCAACAAGACGGAGGCGACGCGGAACAGCAGCCUCCCCGAUCUGGGACCGCAGUACGAGAUUGAGACUGACCCCGCACUCAUCUAUGUGGAAGGCGUUUGCGUCUUCUGGUUCACCAUCGAGUUCCUGGUCCGGGUGACCUUCUGCCCGGUCAAGUUGGAAUUUGUUAAGAGUCUGCUGAACAUCAUCGACUUUGUGGCUAUCCUGCCUUUCUACUUGGAAGUAGGCCUGAGUGGCCUUUCCUCAAAAGCUGCCAAGGACGUGUUGGGAUUCCUCAGGGUGGUGCGUUUCGUUCGUAUCCUGCGUAUCUUCAAGCUCACCCGUCACUUUGUGGGGCUCCGGGUGUUGGGCCACACGCUACGGGCCAGCACCAACGAAUUCCUGCUGCUCAUCAUCUUCCUGGCACUGGGAGUGUUAAUAUUUGCCACCAUGAUCUAUUACGCCGAACGCAUUGGCGCUAAGCCCAACGAUCCGACGGCGAGCCUCCACACCAAGUUCAAGAACAUACCCAUCGGCUUCUGGUGGGCCGUGGUGACCAUGACCACUCUCGGGUAUGGCGACAUGUAUCCAAAGACUUGGUCCGGCAUGGUGGUGGGCGCCCUGUGCGCUUUGGCGGGAGUGCUCACGAUAGCCAUGCCCGUGCCUGUCAUUGUCAAUAACUUUGGGAUGUACUACUCCCUGGCCAUGGCCAAGCAGAAGCUCCCCAAGAAACGGAAGAAACACAUUCCCCAGGCGGUACAGGGAGGCUCCCCGACCUACUGCAAAGCUGAUCUCACCGCCACCUGCAACAGCACUCAAGGUGACCUGUGCCACGUCAAAGGCGGCAGGGGACUCGAACGCAAUCGCUCAGUACUGUCGGCGGACUGUAGCGGCGGCAGCGACCUGACCGUGUCCCCGGAGGAAAGAGUUGCCAUGCGAAGGUCCAGCACCCGAGAACAGGACCGUCGGAGCGGGGGGACGUGUUUUCUAAUCGCUGCUAGCGAUUACAAUUGUCCUGCAGAUGGAGGCUUAAGAAAAACAGAUAACUGCAAAGAGAUGGUGUUUACUGGUUUCACACAAGCAGAGAGUGGCGUUCUAUCUUAAUGGCUUUGGGGAAAAGCAGCGCCUUGGCAGAAAGUGGGAAGACCCCAUUUGGAGGCAUUCCAGCCGCUCCUACAGGACAAUAAAGGAGGGAGUCGACGCAAAAACCACUAGGGAGACCCCGUCGGCCCCGUGACUCGGCACACGGAGGAGGAAGUUCCCCCGAAGAAUCCAAGAGGACGGUGACAAAGCAUUUAAUCCCCUAAGCAGGAGGCCAAAUAACGGGACCCCAGGGCUCCAAUAGACGUGUGUAAAUAAGUCACCCGCGACAACGCAAUUUGGUUGCUAAGUUGCACCGUCAAGACACUCAAAUCUCGCUCGCGCCGCCCUUCUUGCAAUAAGUGUUUUUUUUUUUUUUAAAUGUCCAUUGAGGCACUUUUGUGUUCGAAAAUGGAGUGUUUUCUUAUUCCGGACAUGCAGUAUAAUUCAAGAGACAACCGUGCUAAGUUGAGUCAACGUGACAUCUCUGCUUUUGGUCAAUUUCAGUCAGUUCAAAUGCUCUGCUGUGUAUUGAUGUAUGUGCAUAUCCUAUUUUUGGAAGGUCAUGUUAGGUGGGCUUUGGAUGUCGUCACUUUUCGAGAUUAGCACAGAAACGGACAAGAGAGUCUACCACCCCCACUGACCCUCACCGCGAUUCAAGCGCCAUUGUAGAAGUCUCCCACUGUGUAUUGAACAUGCAACGACCCUGCGUCAGUGCUGCAAAUGGAAACCAAAUGAUUAUGAGCAAAGGUUUCCUCAUAACUCAGUGGUGGCUAAAAUUAUUUCAUUCUUCCAAAUGCAUCCAACUGUCUUUUUUUUUUCCUGGGAGGAAAUGUGUAGCAGAAAUUUACGAAUUGUAAAGAUAUAUUUUUUACAAAAAAAGUGGGACUUCUAGAAUGGCUGCUUUUGCACAGUAGCAAUUCCUUGUACCCAAAUAAUCAGAUCCAUUUUGUGAUAGGUGUAUUAGGGCCACACUGAAAAGAAAAAAAUAUAUAUAUAUAUCAGAAUAAAAUAAACAUUUUGAAAUUAUUACUAUCUGACAAUGGGCUCUAUUUUCAUGACCAGCGUAAAACCUGUACAUGCACAGCUGUGGCAACUUUGGCGGGCUGCGCCGCUGUGGAUGUGGUCACAGCCAACAACCGUGGCCAAUCAAAGCGACUUUAAAACUACUUUUUGUCUGAUUUCUACCUCUUUAAAUUCUGGGGGGAAAAAAUACAAAAAGUUCAGUGUUCUUGAAAAAAAAUAUGUCAGAUGCAAUUUAAUCAUAUAUUUAUCAUCAAGACUCACUGUAUUUUGGGGGGAAAAUCCUCUUGUCAAAUUUUUCAUUUAUUUCAUUCCUUCAUUUCCCUCAAAUGUUUUCCCGCAGUAUCACUUUUUCCAAAAACGAUUUUAUACUUGACCGCCGCCCCCCCCCCCUUUUUUUUCCCUUCCAGUUUGGCCCUAAUGCUCCUUGGUCAAUUUGCAAUAAUCCCAAAAACGAAAGCGCCAAGCCACACUGUGAUUCCAGUUAAAAAAAAGAGAGAGGGUUGCAGGUUUAUUUAAAAAAAAAAUGGCGGAGGGAGACUGUCAGGUGGCAUUGUCGAUGUGUCGCCCUCUCCCCACAAUCCUUGUGUAGUACACACGCUGCUUUAUUCUUGAAUGUGACAAAGGAGUACCGUUCUUUGUGUAUUUUUAAGAUUAUGUAACUCUGGGGGGGAAACGUUUAAAAAAAAAAAUCGGUUUAUUUUUCUGAAUUCCAAACGUGUAUUUUUGUGUCUUACCGUUCAUGACCCUUACCUGUGAAAAUCACGGUCGCCCAACGCUGUGCUUAUUUUGUCCAUCGUGUCUCUGGAACGUCGUCGAGCUCUUUGAUUCCAAGUUCACGUUUUUGUAUGUUCUGUCGUGGAGACGAAUUCUAGUUUCGAGUCUGUAUCUGAAGUGCAUGCUUAAAAAGAAAAGUUGUGUCAAAGGCUAAAAAAAUAAAAUAAAAUAAAAGACGCUGUAUAUAAUGUUGAGAACAAUGUGUAUAAAAGUGGAUACGAAGUGAAAGAUUCACAUAAACUAUUUAUCUUUUCAUGAA